ACUCUCAGGGCUGGCUCCUUCCUGGUAAGCAGGGCUGUUGCACACUGCAGCCUUUCACGCCUUAGCUUGCUGCAUUCAUUUCUGUAACGCAUUUGAGAGCCAGCCGUUCUGUACUUACGUGACCAUGACCUGAAAAUGGCAUCUCAUCAGUAAGCCACGGCCAAUGGGGAUGCUGCUGGGUGCUUAUCCCAAGCUCCCUUGCAAGAAAAGUUAUUUAUUUAUGUAUAUACUUGUAGCCAAGCAAUAGUUAUUUAGAUGUAUACAGUCCACUCAUUUGGUCGAAUUUUCUGCUGGAAAUGUAACUCAGCCCAGUUACCCAAAGCUUGACCCAACUGCUAGAUUUUAAAUCUGGCAUUUUUAACAUCACAGAUGCAGCUGAGAUUUUGCAGAUCUAUUGAAAGAACAAUUCCAAGACCUCGUCAAAGAACAAUCUGGUCGAUAAUGGGGGAGUAUUAUAGAAAGCAGGAAAAAAGAUUAUCCCCGUGUCCCUGAUCUGAGAUGUUGUGUACGGGGCAGCGCAUGCUUCUUUAUUCCAUAGAUUUCAUACCUACUGCAGAUAACCCUCCUGCGCCAGAUUCACCUUUUGAAUGAAAGUGCCAUUUGAUAUCAGGAGAGAAUCCUUCCUGAUGGUGUGCAUUCCGGUACAGAUCUGUGAGACAAACUGUGGAGGGCAGUGGCUUUUAAGAAAACUGAAUCAGGGACAUAAAGGGAAGUCAGAUCAUUAACCUCAAUUCAGCUGCCUUCUAGGCAUGGUAAUGUCCCGAGAAGAGGGCACAAUGCCAUGUUUCCCUGGGAGAAGAAAGGCCUUGAUUUGACUUCUCAGAUGAGCAACAGGCAAUGGCAAUGCAUCGUGCAGACUCCAAAGGCCUUCUGAAUAGGUCCUGUGUGUAAAUGCUGUGUCUCCAGCACUGAUCACAACCUGGCCUCAUCACCCCGGACACCAAUUUCAGUGCUAGAAGCACACAGACGGUUCCACACACCUGCUAUAUCCGGUCCACAGUCAAGGAAUUACAGGCUUUUUCAUUUCCUUCCAAUCACUAACAUCACAUUUCUGCCUUUCAUUUCUGCAUUACGGACCUUCCUUCUCUGACCAAAGUGGUUUGUUUGUGAAAACAGUGCUUAUGCAAUCAGGGGCCUUGCCACAUUAAAGAUUUGACAUCGUGGACGGAGAUCUUGAAAGCAUUUUUUUUUCAUCUUAGAAGUUCUUAAAGGCCUACAGAAGAAUAUCACGCUGUUUUUCAUAGGGUGAACAGAGACUAAAGCUACUUCGGAAAAACUGGAAAAGCUGAUCUCCUGACUUGUAGCCUGCGACAGUGAUCACAAGACCAUCCCUCCUCCCACUUUAGUAAUAAGAAGCAGCAAUGAGAAAAACAGAAAGAAGUGAAGCAAAAAAUCUCUCUUUCAUUGUAGAGCACUUAAAUACUAAGUUUAUAGGUGUGAGUAGUUUCAUUGUAGGUCAGGGUGCAGAUAAGGAGUCUCCUUUCAGAAUGGAUCUUCCCCUGAAGGUGCACGCUUUGGUUCUGGCCAUUUUAUCAAAAUGACAGACUCCAUCUGUGUCCGAGUCACACUGUGCUUCUCUUACAGCCCUACAAGCAUAAAUGAGAGAUGUUACACCAUAAAUGGGCUCAAGAGAGGCUGUUGUGAGAGCAGCAGGGCGUGCAGCAGAGGAUACCCAUCCCAGCCUUUGCUGACUCUUCAGUGAUGCUCUGUACAGGUUAUAGUCAGAGUACUGCAACAGCACUGGAGAAGCAGAGCCCCCCGGGAUGAGUCAUUUGUGUAUCCCGUGAUUGUGGUUUUAUAUACCAGCCUGCCAAGAUAAAGAUUAGCAUCCUAUGAAGGAUGUUAAAAAUUGUCGUACGUUGCAGCUAAAUCAGCACUGGCUGUCUACAUUGGUAUCUUCUUCUAAUUUUUGUAACCUUCCUCAUUCAUCUCUUGUUAACAGGAACAGGUAUCUUGCUUUCUUGAAGGGCCUAGUAUUGCUGUCACUGGCCAGGGGGGUAUUAUUGGUGCAGAGGUGACACUUUGUCACAUACGAAGCGUGAGUUUCUAAAUGUGUUCAGCACAAGGAGGAUGUGCUAAAGCAGCUGACAUGCAAAGCACAUUGCACAGGGUCAAGCCUCUGGUCUCCUGUGCUGCCUUGUGAAAACCUGUAUUCACGAACUGCCUGAUCAAGUCAGCACCAGAGGAAGCAAACCUGACCUCACUAAUGCACAGCAAGCACCCAGAGGUAAGUGUCCUCCUGUGCCCACGGUGUCCAUAUCUGUUCUGUCUGUAGUCAUGGUGACUUGGACACCAGUCCCCGCUACUGUAAGCAACAGCUUCUUGUUUCCAAAUGGGGCUCCUGUUGUACAGGGGGAGGUGAUGAAGUUCUGUGAUGUCUAAUAGGCUUCUCCACUCAGUCCCCCGGUACCAGUACCAGUUUCAAGUCCUCUUCUCGGACAAGAGCUGUAGGCAAAUGAUCAGUUUUCAUUCCCUACUGGUCAUGUACAGCUGAGAGACAGCUGAGGUGAUUGCAGGGACCACACAGGGAGAGACAGAGACGUUGAGAUCUCUCCCCAGAUGCAUGACAUUGUUGUCAGAUACCUUCAAACAGCAGUCUGGGGGGAUAGGUCCAUGCUGUGCUAGAAACAGCUCAUUGCAACCUCUUGUAGAUCCACACUCUGACCAUAAAUCAACUCCUAGUCCCUGAAUGAAGAAUGGCACCUGCAGAAGUGCUGGAUGAGGAGAUGAGUGUAUCUGUGUCCGAUGAGGAGUUGGACACUUCCACACCACAGCUCACCAGUGUGACAAGAAGCAUGGCAGUGGCCACCCUGCGACCCGCUCCAGGCUUCACUGCAGCGUGCUGAGGCAGGGCAACUCAUACACCACAGCAGCAAGAUGAGGUCCCCAAGAAACCUCUUCAGGAACUUAAAGCUCUGGCUUAAUCCUUCUCCCCAGCAAACUCAGAGAACAGUGGCUGACACCGAUCCGUGUUGAGGCAGACAUUGCAGGGCUGUUGUGGAAAGGCUAGGACACAAAUAGCACAUGACCAGGCACAUUACGUACCCUAAUAGGCCAUGUACUCUUUUCACUGAACUACACUGGAAUAAUUGUUACUGCCUUAGUUGAGAAUCUUACAGAAAAUACACAACGAACAUUGUGGCCAGUUGUAUAACCAGGUAUGAUUUUAGCUGUGUUUUCAGCAAACUCUUACCAAGCUGCACUGAAGAAAGUGGCUGAAUAAAUUUACGUUUACUAAUAACUGACGUCUGAUAUCAAGUGUUCCUCAAAAAAGGAGCUGGAAUGCAUCAUCUGUGUAGAAGUUAUUUAGAGCCAUAAACACAGCAGCACCAGAAAUAUAGUCAGGAAAUGAGUACAAACAGAAUGCAGAGAUUUGCCAGGAAGUGGUGACUGUAUAACGUUACUUUUGCAUUUAAAGGCAAGCGUUAACAGGCUCCUCUAAUGGACGAUCAACUUUAUUUUUCAGUCAAAGCACAGACUUACAGGCAGCGUAAACCAAAAUUGUCUGGAAGUGUAAUGAAUAUACUUGCAGGAAACCCAAGCACUUCUAGUGAUAAAGGUAGCCAGUACAAUACCUAGCGCUGUAACCACUGAUGAUCUGUGUGGUGUUUCGUACCUUCUUGAUGUAUUGGCAGAUGGUCAUAGCUUCAUUCAAAAGUAGCAAUAAGCACAUUUUUUUCCCUGUUUGCUGCCGACCUAAGAUAGCUUAAAAGCAAAUCAUGAAUACUGCAGGCUUUGAGGUAUCACAGCCCUAAGCUGAGCUAACGAGAACAUCCUGCAACCAAAAAAAGAAAGCACGAUCUUCUGUGCUUCAGGAAUAACAAAAGGCAUGGGAGUCGUGAUCAUUACACUCAGCCAUGCAGCCACGCACCGAGUGCUAAUCGAUAGAGACGGAUUUAGAAACCGAUGUAAGUCAUUUCCAGUAGCAGAGGUAAGCAGAGGGCUCAGAAAUAGCAUAGCAACAAGACUGUUCUGCCUGAAGGAAGCCAUUGCCAUCACUCCCACUCCAUCGCCGUCAGCCGUGACACACACAGGCCGUGUAAAUGAUACCAUUUCAGUGCUGAGUGCGUGCAGCAUUUGGGCUUUUCUACUCCCAAACUGCACAUACUUGCAAUCUGCUCUGAGUGCCUGUUUAAAAUGGUAUUCAUGUCAGGAUUUGUGUCCCGUCUGGAUGUGAGCCAGUACGUGGCAAGCUGACUUCGUACAGCACCCAUAUGGACCUGGAAGCCUGGCACUCCUGCCCUCCCCCAGAAGAGCACUUACAUCUUCAAGGUGCGUACUGCUGGGCCUCCAUCAGGUGGCUGUGCUGGUGUCCCACGCUGUUGGGCGUCGCAGCCUGAGCACAACCCCAGCACUGGACCACACCUGCUCCUAUAUCAUCUCCCUUUGUGCAUGACUGUCUCGUGCCAUUUUUUGACACAGAACUUCCUACUAUCUAAAUCUCUCAAGGUCGUUCUGCAGUUUUGGGCUCUUACGCUACAACAAGAGGGAAAGGUUUUGAAAGCUCUGGCCCUGUGGCUGCAGGGACUCAGGCAGGGCACAGCUUAGGAGUAUGACAGUGAAAGAGAAGUGGCAUGUGUCCGUGCAGAUCAGGUUUAUGUGGAUCACAAAAAUCAUUAAGACAGUUACAGCUUAGAACCCACGUUUCACACAUUCUUGUGAGCACAGCAUGUGCUGUGAUGGAACACUGUCUUUGGCUAGAAACUCCAGACGUGUAAAGCAGUGCAAGCAGUUGCCAUUCAACUUGGGUUUGUGCAACCUCACAGCACUGUUGCAGUUCACUAAAGAAACAGUGAACCCUGAGGAUGUUGUCGAAGCACAAACUCUUUGCUGGUUGUCAAUAGAUACUUCCUUAUUAUGCCUGCAUCCUUCCAGGGGGGCUAUUUUGGAAAAGUGGAGGCAUGUUCUUGAGCAGUUGAUCGGUACAAUGCUUACACAGAUAUGGUUUCAAAUUGAGCAUAGAAGAAGCAAGGAAGGUUCAGACAGUCUAGGGCAAUUGCCUAGCCUCAUCCUAUAGUCAGUGGGGAUAGAGAGGAGCAUUUUCAGGGGCCGGUUCAUCCCACUUAUGCUACAAACAUCUUUUAGGAUACAGUGCUUUGUCUUCUGGUUCCUAUCUCUCCCCACUGACCACAGAAGAAUGUUGGUUUAGAUCGUGUAUCUAAUUUAUAGGGGAAUUAAGUCAGAUAAGAAAAACCUCAUGCCUUGGGAUUAUUGUGGAUAUUCAAUUCCCAAGCAAAACCCUGAAGAGCCAUCAAAACUUCCAUAAAUGCCCAGGCAGAUGUAAAAACAGAUUUGGGAGUGAUUUUAUGACAGGAAGAUACUACAGCAACAGUGCAAGUGUUGUUUUAGAUUUCCGUGUUGUCAGACUGCAAUUUCUGCUAUAGUAUUUCACUGCCUCCUGUGCCAGGUUUUGCCUCCCUGAAACUGAGAAGCAGCUUUCUCUAGGUAUAAGAAUAGGAGGUAUGUGAAUGCCUGGAGAAUUUCCAAGAACUUUUCAAAACUGAGAAGUCAAAUUCCGUAGCAGUUUUGGUAUUUUAGAACAAAUAUGGUUUUGUUGUUAUGACUGGCAGAGGGGGUUUCCCGUCCUUCCUGUCCCUGUAUAUGUUGCACGAAUGGAAGCUCCAAAAGAGACAUCUAAAAUAACAGGCUCGGAGGUACAUCUGCAGAUUUGAGUGGCAUGCUUUGGUGGCCCUAAUGCUGUGAUUAGGGAAAUAGCAUCGAUUGGAGACCAGAAACUUCUAUUUGAAAAUCAGCUCAGAUUUGCUCAUGCCUUUUGGCAGUCCUGGACAGAGUUCCGAGUUCUUCACGCAGCCUCCUUAGUUCACAGAUUUUGCCUUAAGGCUGAACUGUUCCCUUUUUCUAUGCCUAUACGCAAUGCUCGGGCAAACACAAUAGAAUGGCAUAUUGGAAAGCUUUCAGCCUCUUGCACUGCUUAACACAAUCUUUGUAGCUGUCUGUGUUGUUUACUCAGCCACCAAUAGUAAAAAGCAUUCCUUUUCAUCUUUCUUUCUUCGCUUUAUUUUUUAACCCAAUCCAUGCCGAAAGAAAGCAGCCUCCCAGGUGCAGACCUCUGCAGGAAAGGCUGCUUCUGUGAAGCUGAAAUGGAGCCAGAGCACACCAGCAAGGAAGCUGUGAUUUCAUCCAGCAGAAACUCCUAGGCUUCACUGCAGCACUCUGUGCAGAUGCAGCAUCAUUCUGGCCGGGUGCUCACCCACUGCUAGCAGAGGAGUCCCUGAGAGGAUGCCCGUGUGAUUCUGUGCCACUGUCCCUUGCUUUGUAGCUCCAACCCUCUGAGGAAACCAGGUAUGCUCUGCAGGCUUUAAAAUACUUUCUAUUCCUUGGAAUGAUGCCUAAUUUUCAAGGUAAGGGUGAAGUGCAUGGAAAUGGGCAAUACUGAUAAUAGAAGGAGAGGUCACCAAGGAGGGCCAUUCCCCUUGUGGUGGAGCUGUGGCAGUCAGGUGUCCUGGGGGGAGGGGGUGCAAGAAAAUGAGCCUGAGUGAGGUGGCUGGGCACUGCUGUGGGAAGGUUGAGAGCAGUCUGCAGCCGGGUGGUGGGGAUCCUGAGAGGCUCCACGUCUGCCGUAAGGACCAAAGUGAUCAGGGAUGUAAAGCCCACCAAAGUACAAGGUGUUCCUAUACUUAAAAAUGCUCAAAGUGAUGAACAACUUCAUGAAAAUAGAAUGAAGUCAGUAGGAACCACAAGUUUCAAUUGCAGGUGAACUGGGAGUGACGUUUCCUGGCAGUAUCUCCUUUUCCUUCCAAUUAGAAGCUAAAUGUAUUAAGCUGGCAAAGUAAUCCUGCUCAGACAUGAGCAGUGCCAGUAACUCACUGGCACGGGAAUUCUUGACGGAUGUCAACAGACUGUGCAAUGCAGUGGUCCAGAGGGCAGAAGCCAGGGAAGAUGAAGAGGAAGAAACUCAUAUGGCUGCCCUGGGACAGUACUUAGUUCAAGGCCGUGGGUUUAUUUUGCUUACCACACUCAACUCUAAUAUUGAUCAGGAGCUGACAUGUCGAGAAGAGCUUCUGACCCUCCUUCUGUCACUUCUGCCACUGGUCUGGAAAAUCCCUGUCCAAGAAGAAAAAGCAGUAGGUUUCAAUAUACCAUUUACAGUAGAUGUUUGCCUGACCAAAGAGAGCAAUUCAAGUGUGAAAUCCACUCAGGAAAAAAUAGGAUUAGAUCGAAGCACUCGUUCAUCUCUUCAGGCUUCUGCACAGCUAAAUCCUCGAUCUCGAAAAAGCGGGCGGAUGCGCAAAACCACCCAUCGUUACUCUGUGCGAGAUGCAAGAAGAUCUCAGCUGUCCACUUCAGAUUCGGAAGGCAAUUCUGAUGACAAGAAUACUGUAACAGUGAAACACAGACGUUCCCAGUUCCUGCAGCCUUUUUUAACACACCCAGCUAGGGACAGCUACCUUGUAGGUAGAAGUGAUUUCUUACCUACUGAAGUGAUACCACAUCCUAAUCCUGAAGUCCCUAGUCUAGAAAAUUCCAGCCAGAUUAUUCCAGUGCAUGAGCUAAAUCCAGAGAUUUUGAAUGAGCCAGCUGCAGGAAUUGCUGAGAGCAACGUGGAUAACUCUCCUUUUGACUUAUGCCAUGUGUUAUUGUCUCUACUAGAGAAGGUGUGCAGAUUUGAUAUUACCUUGAAUCACAGUUCUGCUCUUUCAGCUACUGUGGUGCCCACAUUAACUGAGUUCUUAUCCGCAUUUGGAGACUGUUGUAAUCUAAGUAGUAGCACAGAAAAUGAAGUGGUUUCUUCAGGGUGGACAGAAGAACCUGUGGCUCUGGUCCAAAGGAUGCUGUUUCGAACAGUGCUGCAUCUUAUGUCUUUAGAUAUAAGCAGUACGGAAACAAUGCCUGACAACUUGAGAAGAAAUGUAACAGAUUUGCUUAAAGCAGCGUUAAAAAUCAGAAUUUGCUUGGAAAAGCAGCCUGAUCCUUUUGCUCAAGAGCAUAAGAAAACACUACAGCAGCUUGUUCAGGAUGACUUCGUAUUAUCUAGAUACCAUCACAGAGCCUUGCUUCUACCUGAAGUUAUAGAAGGAGUCUUGCAGAUCUUGAUCCGCUGCCUGCAGAGUGCAGCCUCUAAUCCAUUCUACUUUAGCCAAGCUAUAGAUCUUGUUCAUGAGUUCAUACAGCAUCAAGGUUUUAAGCUGUUUGAAGUAACAGUACUUCAAAUGGAAUGGCUGUGUAUGAAGAAUGAUGGAGUAACUGGGGAAGCUCCAGAGCAUCUGAAAUCCCUCAUAAACAGCAUCAUGAAAAUAAUCAGCACUGUCAAAAAAGUGAAAUCAGAGCAACUCCAUCAGUCAGUGUGUACAAGAAAGCGGCAUAGACGAUGUGAGUACUCUUACUUCAUGCAUCACCACAGAGAUCUCUCUGGGCUCUCUGUAUCUGCUUUUAAAAACCAAGCUUCCAGAAAUCCCUUUGAGACAACUGAUGGAGAAGUUAAUUAUCCUGACAGGUGCUGCUGCAUUGCUGUUUGUGCACACCAGUGUUUGCACUUGUUGCAGCAAGUUUCUCUGAGCAGUACUUGUGUUCAAAUUCUCUCAGGUAUACAUAAUGUGGGAAUAUGCUGUUGUAUGGACCCAAAAUCUGUGAUUGUCCCAUUGCUUCGUGCUUCCAAGUUACCAAUAUUAAAAAACUUCCAACAGCACAUACUGAACAUCCUUAACAAGUUUAUACUGGAUCAGCUGGGUGGAGCGGAAGCUUCUCCAAGAAUUAUACAGGCAUCAUGCAAUAUAUGUACUGUUGACUGUGAUCAGCUUUUGCAGUUGGAAGAUGCUUUGCAGAGCAACUCUAAUGAUGCUGGUCUCGCAUCUAGUUCCCCCUGCAGAGUUCAGGGAAUUCUGCCUAGCAGUGGAUCUGAAGAUGUGUUGUUGAGAUGGGAUGCACUGGAGGCUUAUCAGAGCGUUGUUUUUGAAGAAGACAAACUACGUGGCAUGCAGGUUGCAAGCCAUAUUUGCCACUUAAUUCAAAAGGGAAACGCGGUGGUCCAGUGGAAACUGUAUAAUUGUAUUUAUAAUCCAGUGCUUCAGAAAGGGGUUGAGCUAGCUUGCCAUGCUCAACAACUGGGACUAACUACAGCUGAUAAACACACAAGCAUUUACCAUAGCCAGUGUUUGCCUUACGAAGUACUUCAGAUUUACUUGCAGACACUUCCUGCGUUGCUUACAUCCAGGGUGAUUAGAGACUUAUUUCUGAGUUGUAAUGGAGUGAAUCAAAUGAUUGAGUUAAACUACUUAGAUACUUUAAGAAGCUAUUCUUUGAAAGUGUUAGAGACUUUGAUACUCUGCCUUGGUGAACAGCAGAAAGACCAAGCAAUGCCAGAGCUAGAAGACCUCAACGAUGAGCGCAAGGAGUCUGCGUCUGAUUUACCUGCUUCUCUUUGUAGCCAGCAAACUGCUUCAGAAAUUCCUCAAAGCCUGAGCAAGUUUUAUGCAGGCCUUAAAGAGGCUUACCCAAAAAAGAAAAAGUUUGAGAGUCAAGACAUUCAUGUUAACACGAUAAACCUAUUUCUCUGUGUUGCAUUUUUAUGUGUAAGUAAAGAAGCAGAUGGUGAUCUGGAUUCAGCUAAUGACUCUGAAGAUACAUCAGGAUAUGACAGUACAGCUAGUGAGCCAUUAGGCCGUAAAUUACCAUGUCUGUCACUGGAAAGCCUUACUUUGCCCUCUCUGGAACAUAUUCACAGAGCUGCUGAUAUUUGGUCCAUGUGUCGUUGCAUCUAUUUGUGUAGUUCCGUUUUCCAGAGACAGUUCCAUAGACUUGGAGGUUUUGAAGCAUGCCAUAGACUACUAAUCCUCAUAAUUCAGAAGCUUGUGGAAAAUAAAGAGAAAGAGCAAGAAAAAAGGGAGAGAACAUCAAGUGAAAGCAAAAGUUCACAUGGGAGUGCUCGUGCUGAAUAUCUCAGCAAAGAUGACUCUGUUCAUUUCCCUAAAAGCAGGGAAGUGACACAAUCAGAGCUCAAUAGUUCUGACACUCUUGCUGUUGCAGAACAGCUGGUGUCUGAAUGUGUCUCCUGUGACAGCUCUGUAAGUAGGGAACAUGCUUCAAUUGCAAAACUGGAGGAGAUAAAGCCUUCUGUAAAAGAAGAAACUGAAUGGGCGCUUCAGGGCAUCAGACUUCUAGAAGCUUUGCUGACGAUAUGUCUACACAGUGCAAGCACCACACAGCAGAAGAUGGAAGUAGAGAUGUUUCAUCAGAAUAUCUGUGUGGAUGAUAUCUUACUACAAAUACGAGAACAACUUGCCCAGUCAAAACUGCUAGAAACUGACUUGGCCAAGCCUCUGUUUGAUUCACUGCUUCGUGUUGCAUUGGGCACUUUUUCUACUGACCUGGAUCAUUCUGAAGAGAAAAUAGAAAAGACCCAUUACACUGAAAAGGAGUCAAUGUCACAGCCUGGAGAUAUAUCUGAAGAAGCUGACGAGUCGCAGUGCUGUAGCCUUAAACUUCUUGCUGAAGAAGAAGGAUAUGAAGCAGACAGUGAAAGUAACCCUGACAGUGAAACGAAGGAUGGAGGAGCAGACACAAAGGCAGAGCCAGAACAUACUGGUCCUUCAGGUUAUCUUAAUGACCUAACUGAAAACAUCAAUCAAGGAGAAUUAAUAUAUCCUGAAAUCUGCAUGUUAGAAUUAAACUUGCUCUCAGCUGGUAAUGCAAGUUUAGAUGUACUUGCUCACGUAUUCCAGAGUUGCCUGAAAAUCAUCAACCAGAAGGAAAGAAAUGCCACUGUACUUAUAGAACAGGGAGCUGUUAAACAUAUUUUGGGAGGAUUUAUGAAUAUACUGACUCAAACAGAGUCUAGUUUUCAUGCCUGUCAGAUGGUGUUGGUAGACCUGCUUGUGUCUUUGAUGAGCUCACAGACAUGUUCAGAAGAACUAACUCUUCUCCUACGGAUAUUUUUGGAGAAGACACCUUGUACGGAGACACUGCUUAAGGGUGUAUUGAAGAUUAUAGAAACUAAUGUGGACAUGAACCCAUUACAGUACCUUGCCUUCCCUUUGCUACAUGGCACAAAUUUGAGUAGUUCUUCACAAAAAUCCACUGGCACUUCCAACAGCAAAUCUGCCGGACUAUUAAAAAAAGCAAAAUUUUCACAGAGUAAGAAAGAGGCAGAUGGUGAAAACUUGAGUCAUCAACUGCUUUCUUCUUGGCAUGUGGCCCCAAUUCACUUGCCUUUAGUUGGACAGAACUGUUGGCCACACAUGUCUGAUGGUUUCAGUGUUUCCUUGUGGUUUCAUCUGGAGUGUGUUCAUGAAAUGGAAAACUCAACAGAGAAGGGGAAGAAAGUCAAGAGAAGACUUUUCUCUGUAAGAGAGAACAGCUUUGAUAGCACAGAAGAAACCAAGUCUAUAGGAAUGGAAUACCUAAGCCUGGGAGAUAAACUUGUUGAAGAUGGCUGUAUUCAUAUAAUUUCAUUGGGUUCCAAAGCACUGAUGAUGCAAAUCUGGGCAGACAUGAACACUGGAGCUUUCAUAUUUCGUAUGUGCAUGGAUCCAAAUGAUGAGAUGAAAGCUGGCCUGCUGGCACAGGCUGAAUCUCCAGAGAAUAUUUUCCUUGUGGGCAGGUGGCAACAUUUGGCAAUACAGUAUAAGCAAAAGCAAGAAAGCAAGAAAAAUAUCCAUGGAGAGUUGUGCCUGUGGAUUUCUGGUCAGAGGAAAUGUGAAAUCAACUUAGAUUAUGCUCUACCAAGGAAAUCAAGCUUGUCAUCUGACAGUAAUAAAACAUUUUGUAUGAUUGGCCACUGUACGUCAUCUCAGGAAGAACUGCUUCGAUUGUCAGGCAGAUGGGAUCUUGGGAAUCUACUUCUCUUCAACGGUGCAAAGAUUGGACCGGAGGAAGCAUUUUACUUAUACACGUGUGGACCAGACUUCACAUCUGUAAUGCCUUGUAAAUAUGGCAAAACAUCGACUGAAUGCUCUAAGUACAUAAGUAAAGAUAUUCUACAAUGUGAGCAAAUUAAAGAGCUCUUCAUGGCAAAGAAGGAAGUGGAUGUUGGACCUUUGAUUGACAGCCUCGCUGUUGUUUAUGCCACGUGCUGCCCCAGUCAGUACACCAUAUACGAACCUGUUAUUAGACUGAAAGGUCAAGUGAAGACUGUACCUUCUCAGAGGCCCUUCAGUUCAAAAGAAGUUCAGAGCAAUGUACUGGAUUCUCACCACCUGAAAGCACUUCAGCCUGUUGAAUAUAAAAAUCUUCAGGGUAUACUACAUGAAAUUGGAGGAACCGGUGCAUUUGUUUUCCUCUUUGCUAGGGUUGUAGAGAUCAGCAGCUGUGAAGACACUCAAGCUCUAGCACUGCAGCUUAUACUGUCCUUAACAAAAUACAAUCAACAGAGAAUACAGGAAAUGAAAAAUUGUAAUGGUUAUUCCAUGAUUCACCGAGUGUUGAUCAAACCAAAGUGCAUUGUUGGAUUUCGCAUGCUGAAGACUCUCCUUGAAGGAUGCUGCAGUGGUGAGAUUCUCUAUAUAAAUGAGAAUGGGCAAUUCGUGCUUGACACAGAUUCUACAGCAGUUAUCCAAGAUGUUCAGUUGUUAGAAAAGCUACUUCUUGACUGGAAGAUUUGGUCUAAAGCAAAGCAAGGUGUUUGGGAAACUCUGUUAGCAGCUCUAGAAAUCCUUAUCAGAGCUAACCAUCACCAACAGAUGUUUAAUGUUAAACAGCUAUUGAAAGCUCAAGUGGUGCAUCACUUCCUGUUAACCUGCCAGGUUCUGCAGGAGCAUAAGGAAGGGCACCUUGCCUCUCUGCCUCGGGAGGUUUGUAGGUCAUUUGUGAAAAUAAUUGAAGAAGUUCUUGGAUCUCCCCCAGACCUGGAAUUGCUGACGCUGGUCUUCAAUUUCCUCUUAGCUGUUCACCCUCCCACUAACACAUAUGUUUGUCACAACCCUACCAACUUCUACUUCUCCCUGCACAUAGAUGGUAAAAUUUUUCAGGAGAAAGUUGAAUCCCUUAUGUACCUGAGAAAUUCCAGCAGUGGUGGGAAGUCAACAGAUGGCUCUGCCUUCAUAGUUACAACUCCAACUGGAUUUGCAGCUUUACCACUGGAAGGGGAUACUUCUGAGGCUAGUGUACAGCAGAAGGUAAGUUUUCAAGUACCUAAAAGGCUUUGCAAAAGCUUACCGGCAUCUCCUACUUCAUCACCUCAAGUACAUAGAAGACAACUAAUGGAAAGAUCACAGAGGAGCAUUGAUGACCUGCAGAAUAUUGGCAAGUAUGAUUAUGCUGAUCACGAGGGUAGAACUGUUUUUGAAGGACAUUCUGAAACCAUAAAAAGGGUACAGGAAGACUUUCUUAGCAGUUGCGAGUCUGCAAAAACAGUUUGUGAUACAGAGUUAACAUCUGCUGAAAUGUUGGAAGACAUUCGAAAAGAAGAACUGUCUGAAAACACAUUUGAGAGUAAAGAAGCAGAUGCAGACCUGAAAUGUAAAGGUGAUACUGCACCACAGCUGCUGCUGCGUCGUCCAGACAAUCUGAAAGGAUUACCUUCCCUUCAGAAGAGUCAGAGUACUUUUGCAGGGUUGGGCUUAGCAUUUUCUGUUCAUGGAGGAUCCUCAGCCAUUGGUCGCUGGCCAAGCUUUGCUGACAAGAAUGCACUUCCUGAGGAAUGGGAGAAUCUUGCUUUUUCCUCAGCAAAUGAGAAUCCCCGAAAAACAUACGAAAGCUCUGAUGAGAGGUAUACAGAAGACUGUCUUGUGCUUAUCUGUUGUGGAUUGUAUGACCUCUUGCGUGGAGUUCUCCUAAUAUUACCAGAUGUCAUGCUAGAAGAUGUGAUGGACAAACUUAUCCAACCUGAUUAUCUUAUAGUUCUUGUGAACCACCCAUCUCCUCUCAUACAACAAGGCGUCAUCAAAUUGUUGGAUGCAUAUUUCAACAGAGCAAGGAGAGAGCAGAAGGAAAAAUUCCUAAAGAAUCGUGGCUUCUCCUUGCUUGCCAACCAGCUCUACCUUCACCAGGGGACUCAGGAAGUUGUAGAGUGCUUUUUGGAAAUGCUCUUUGGCCGUUCUGUUGGCCUGGAUGAAGAAUUUGAUCUGGAAGAUGUCAAGAACGCUGGACUCUUUCAAAAGUGGUGUGUCAUUCCUGUUCUGGGUCUCAUAGAGAACUCUUUAUAUGAUAAUGUUCUGCUGCAUAACUGCUUCUGUCUCCUGCUACAAAUUAUAAAUUCCUGCUCAAAAGUCGCAGACCUGCUGCUUGAUAAUGGUUUGCUGUAUGUGCUGUGUAAUACGCUGGCUGCUCUCAAUGGGCUGGAAACCAACAUUCCCCUAAACGACUACAAGCUACUGGCGUGUGAUAUACAACAGCUCCUGGUAGCAGUUGCAAUUCAUGCCUGCAGCUCCUCAGGUUCACAGUAUUUUCGUGUUAUUGAAGACCUCAUUGUGCUGCUGGGUCAUCUUCAAAACAGUAAAAAUACAAGGAUGCAGAAUAUGGCAGUUGCUCUGCAGUUAAGAGUUCUUCAAGCGGCUAUUGAAUUAAUAAGAACUACAGCAAACAGGGAUGCUCAGGAGCAGGCUGGUGUGGCCCCAUCGCUAUCUGCAGCACAUCGUGCAAUGUUCCAAAAGCGUAAAGGCAUUGCUGGUUCCAGAAAACUUUCACCUGCUCAGUCUGAUGCUCUGCUGAUGAAAAUGCGUUCAGUAGCAAGUGAGGAGUUUAAUAUGAUGAUGCAACGGAGAAUGAGUCAAGAAAAUCCUAUCCAAGCCACUGAGACUGAGUUUGUACAAAGGUUACAGAGGCUAACUGUCCUUGCUGUAAACAGACUCAUUUAUUCAGCAUCUACUGAAGAGUGCUUUGACAUACUGGGUAUAACAGAAACGGCAAGUCAAAGCAGGCUUGCAGCAUCCCAGCUGGAAGUUCCUGAAGAGGAGAUCCAGCAAGAGCUGCCUAACAGAACAAAUCCUUUUCUGAAAGAAAUGUUCAAGAUGUUGGUGGAAGGAAUCAGACUGUCCCCUGGCACCAGCAGAACGAGCACACCCAAGCAGCAGUGGAAGAGAAUCCUCUUGUCAUGUAAAGACACUUUCCGUACGCAGCUUGGAAGACUUCUUGUGCACAUCUUGUCUCCAGCAAGGCCGCUACAAGAAAGAAAGCAGGCUCUGGAGAUGGUCCGUGAAGUGAACCAUCAAGAGAUUCUGUGUGACUGUCUUAGCCCAACUUUGCAACAUGGACCUAAAUUAGUACUGUACCUAUAUGAAUUAAUGUGCAAUCACAUUGAUGAAAUGACCAAAGAAGAACAAACAGCGGCAGGAGACUUUGUGAAUACGUUAAAAUGUUGUGGCUAUAAAUGUGUUCCUCUGAGCCCAAGACCAAAACCAGAUGUAAUAAAAGCUUUGAAAGAGGAUCAGAAGAAGUAUGAGAUGGAAGAAGGUGUGAACAAAGCUGCCUGGGAGAAAACAAUGGCAAAUAAUCGACAAAAUCUCUUUCAACGUCUGGAUACAAAAUCUAAAGAUAUUUCCAAAAUAGCUGGAGAUAUCACACAGGCUGUAUCUCUGUCGCAAGGGAUGGAAAGAAAGAAAGUUAUCCAGCACAUCAGGGGGAUGUAUAAGGCAGAGCUGAGUGCCAGCAGACAUUGGCAGGAGCUUGUUCAGCAGCUCACGCACGAUCGAGCACUCUGGUAUGACCCUGUCUAUUACCCAACUUCUUGGCAACUGGAUCCAACAGAGGGCCCAAACAGAGAGAGGAGGCGCUUGCAGAGGUGCUACCUAACGAUUCCAAAUAAAUACCUUCUUCCAGACAGGCAGAAGCAGGAAGGCAUAAUUAAACCUCCCUUAUCUUACCUAUUUGAAGAUAAAACACAUUCUUCUCACUCUUCAACUGUAAAGGAUAAAGCUGCAAGUGAACAUAUAAGAGUUAAUCGAAGAUGUAUCAGUGUAGCACCUUCUAGAGAGACUGCUGGUGAACUGCUGCUAGGGAAAUGUGGCAUGUAUUUUGUUGAGGACAACGCAUCAGACACGAUUGAAAAUUCUAGUUUUCAUGGAGAGACUGAACCAGCAUCAUUUUCUUGGACCUAUGAGGAAAUUAAGGAAGUGCACAAGCGUUGGUGGCAGCUAAGAGACAAUGCUGUGGAAAUAUUUCUGACAAAUGGCAGAACUUUGCUCUUGGCUUUUGAUAAUACAAAGGUCCGUAAUGAUGUGUACCACAACAUCUUAACUAACAAUUUGCCUAACCUUUUGGAAUAUGGAAAUAUUACUGCUUUGACCCACCUGUGGUGCACGGGACAGAUUACUAACUUUGAAUACCUGACUCACUUAAACAAACAUGCGGGCCGUUCCUUCAAUGAUCUCAUGCAAUAUCCAGUAUUUCCCUUUAUACUUUCUGACUACAUCAGUGAGACACUGGACCUAAAUGACCCAUCGGUAUAUAGAAAUCUGGUCAAACCGAUAGCUGUGCAGUCUAAAGAAAAGGAGGAUCGGUAUGUGGAUACCUACAAGUAUUUGGAAGAAGAGUAUCGUAAAGGAGCACGGGAGGACGAUCCGAUGCCCCCUGUACAACCAUACCACUAUGGAUCUCAUUAUUCUAACAGUGGAACUGUGCUUCAUUUCCUAGUUCGGCUGCCACCUUUCACUAAAAUGUUUUUAGCCUAUCAAGAUCAAAGUUUUGACAUUCCAGACAGAACUUUUCACUCUACCAACACAACCUGGCGCCUCUCUUCAUAUGAAUCAAUGACAGAUGUAAAGGAGCUCAUCCCAGAAUUUUUCUACCUUCCAGACUUUCUAGUUAACAGAGAAGGUUUUGAUUUUGGAGUACGUCAAAAUGGUGACAGAGUUAACCAUGUCAAUCUUCCACCUUGGGCCCGUAAUGAUCCUCGUCUGUUCAUCCUGAUCCACCGUCAAGCUUUGGAGUCUGACCAUGUUUCCCAGACAAUCUGUCACUGGAUAGACUUAGUGUUUGGCUAUAAACAAAAAGGCAAGGCCUCUGUUCAGGCUAUUAAUGUCUUUCAUCCCGCAACUUACUUUGGGAUGGAUGUUUCUGCUGUUGAGGAUCCUGUUCAGAGAAGAGCCCUUGAAACAAUGAUAAAAACAUAUGGGCAAACACCUCGUCAACUGUUCCAUACAGCACAUGUUAGCAGGCCUGGAUCCAGGCUCAUCAUGGAAGGAGAGCUUCCUGCUGCCAUGGGAUUAUUAGUGCAGUUUGCUUUCAGAGAGACCAGAGAGCACACCAAAGAAAUAAUGUAUCCAAGUCCGUUGCCAUGGAUAAAAGGCUUGAAGUGGGGAGAAUAUGUGGGUUCUCCAAGUGCCCCGGAUCCUGUUGUCUGUUUUAGCCAACCACAUGGGGAAAGGUUUGGCUCUCUGCAGGCUUUGCCAACUAAAGCUAUAUGUGGUUUGUCCCGCAAGUUUUGCCUUUUGAUGAUAUACAGCAAGGAGCAAGGUGUGAGAAGUAUGCACAGCACUGAUAUUCAGUGGUCAGCUAUCCUAAGCUGGGGAUACGCCGAUAACAUUUUACGACUAAAAAGCAAGCAGAGUGAACCUCCAGUAAAUUUUAUACAGAGUUCACAGUUCCAUCAGGUAACAAGCUGUGCUUGGGUCCCAGACAGCUGUCAGCUUUUCACAGGUAGCAAAUCUGGUGUCAUCACAGCGUACAUGAAUAGAUUCACUAGCAGUACGCCUUCAGAGAUAGAAAUGGAAUCACAAGUCCAUCUGUAUGGUCACACAGCAGAGAUAACAAGCUUGUUUGUGUGUAAACCCUACAGUAUAAUGAUAAGUGUCAGCAAAGAUGGCACCUGCAUUAUAUGGGAUUUGAACAGGCUGUGCUACGUCCAGAGUCUGGCUGGACACAAAAGUCCUGUGACUGCAGUUUCAGCUAGCGAAACAACUGGUGAUAUUGCAACAGUCUGUGAUUCAGUUGGAGGGGGAAGUGAUUUGAGGCUUUGGACCGUUAACGGUGAUCUCGUGGGACACGUACACUGCAGAGAGAGUAUUUGCUCUGUUGCUUUCUCUAACCAGCCUGAAGGAGUAUCUGUCAACGUGAUUGCAGGAGGGCUCGAAAAUGGAGUUGUAAGACUGUGGAGUACAUGGGACUUGAAGCCAGUACGAGAAAUAACAUUUUCGAAGUCAGCCAAACCUAUUGUAAGCCUUACCUUUUCCUGUGAUGGUCAUCACUUGUUCACAGCAAAUAGUGAUGGAAAUGUAAUAGCUUGGUGUCGCAAGGACCAGCAGCGCUUGAAGUUACCCAUGUUCUAUUCGUUCCUUAGCAGCUAUGCAGCUGGGUGAUGACUACUCUUGCUGCUCAUUCAAGUCUCCAUGCACUUUAAAUCCACAAUAAAUUAUAGAAUCUCUUAAUUAACUGGAUUUUGAAAUAGUUUGAAUGUCUCUAGAUUGACUGCAUAGAUGAAAAACAGAAGGCAGCCUAAGACAGUUAUAAAUUGUACGUGCAUGCACAAACCUGAAGCGUAUGGAGUCGCCAGGAAGCUCUGGUUGCAUACUCCAGUACCAGCAAAGUGGCAUAUAAAUGCUCUAACCUACAAGUCAAAAUGCUGCAAUACAAAAUGGAAUAGUAUUUUUUUAAAUCACUUCUUGGAAGCAACUAUUUCAAAAAUGGAAUCAGUGGUGUUUUUCCCUCCUGUGUUGUAAAAUAUCAGCCGUAUGAAGCUCUGUAAAUAUUUAUUAAAAAAAAAGUAAGCAUAUGUAUAUCUGAUCAGUCAAGGGUGGUGGUGGUAGCUCUGGGGUAAGAGACCCAAAACUUAAAAAAAAAAUCUAAGAUGAUUCAAAAUUGCUUUUUUGAGAAGCAAAGAACUCAGUAGGUGCUUUUUGCACCAUUUAAUGGUAUUGUAAUACUAAAAAAUUAGAUCCAUCUUUAUUUGCAACUUCUGCUGUCUUCUCUGUUCAGGUGGUGUGAAAGUCUUUGGACAAAAAGGAGGAUGGGCAGACACCUCAUAGCUUCACAAAGCAAUAGCUAAAUCGUGUUUUGGUUUUGUGUUCCAUGUAGUGUUAACUCAGUUUGUAACGCCUAGCUAUUGUGGUCCUGUGGCAGACUACACGUGCAUCACACACACAGCCUGCCAUCCAGAGCUCUAAGAACGGUACUAGAGGAGGCACUGAUGCGCUCGUAUUCUCAGUGUCAUUGAACUUCAGUGCACUGUAAAAUGUUUGAAUCCGAAUGUUUAAAUCAAUGUUGUUAGGCACUGAGUAGUUCAGAACAGUUUAUGUAGGUACACUGUGCAAAUACACUAUUUAUUCCUAGGUGCUAUUUUUGAGAGGUGGGGGGAAAUAAGCUGCCGUUGUUAAUAGCUUUCAUUGGAAUUCUUAGGCCAGAUAGAAAAACUAACAUUUAAGCUGAUGGAUUUCAAGACCCAACUGACACUGAGUGAGUGCCUGCUAGUUAUGCAAAUGGUACAGGAAUGCAACACAACUCUGAUGUAGUUACAUUUUUCUUCUCCAUACUUUUGCUUUUUCAUCAUUGACGUAUUCCACUACUGCCAUACCGACUGCUCUAUGUGAGCUUUAAGGCACACCUGCCUUCCAAGUACUGUUAUGAAAUCGUAAUGAAGACGUGCAUACAGGAAAACUGUACACUUCAGAAAAUUCCAAAUGGUCUUUAGAGAAAUUCCUGCAGCUUCCUGAUUUUGGGGGUUUUCAAACUGAAAAAAACUGAAGUCUUCUCAGUCCGUGACACAGAUUGAUUUAUUCUAGCUCAAUUAAGCAGGCAGCCGUAUGAACUGAAUUUUAAACUGCAUAUACUGUAGCAACGUUGUAUGGGGUGGCUGUAGUCAUGUUUUUCACCGUCUAAAUGUUAAUGUAAGGUCCAAAUACAGACUGAAAAGCUUCUUGGCUCAUGUUGAAGUGAUGUGCUUUACUUAAGUGACAAAAUACAAAUGUGAUGGUUUGGGGAUGCUUUUUGUCCUCCUUGAAUUGGGAUGUUGCUCACAAAGGCUUAUUUUUAUAAAGUAGAAUUCCACUUGUUACGAAUCAAUAUGCAAAAUUGCUGGCCUUGUAAACAGUGCAAUAUUAUAUAUUUUUAUGUAUAAGUCGAAGAUUUUUUUUGAACUGAGGAAUAUUUAUUCAGCUUAACAUUCUGGAACUAUUGAAAAACCAUUGCAAUAGUAUAUGUGCAUGAUGUACUGAAACUUCCUGUAAAUUUCACAUUCCACACUGUCUUUGUAUACACUGUCACGUUGUUGGGUAAUAAACAGACCUUUGUAUCAAA